UGUUUGGCACUUGUUUAUCUUUGUUCAUGCAUAUGAGAGAUUAAAGCGCUGUCAUUUGUGGCUGCGAGAGUCAAUGAUGUUUUCGUGUCGGAAACAGGGAUGUCUGUCGCCUGCUAUUUUUACGUUGUGGUUUUGUCGUGUGUCAGCGCCAACUUUUCGUGACCGCUUGACCCUGACGGUUCAAAACAGUACUGAUGCCAACCCACACUGAGAGGAAGUGAAACCAUCUCAGUGUUAUUUGUAGAAGAUCUCCUUCUUCUCAUUUCACAGACAGCAUAACUUACUUGUGUGUUAUCGAAUGUGUCUUUUCUGGUUAAUAUACUCUUUCUAUCAUUUCUAUUUAUUUGUUGUGUGUGUUUUUUGUUGUGUGUGUUUUUUGUUUUUUUUGCACUAUAGUCUCAGUGGCGCCACCCUACAGGUGGGAAUAAGACUAACAUCCGAGACUUUAGAUUUUGUGCUACUUUCAGAGAUGUCUUAUGGUGAGAGCGUGAUGGUGGAGCAUUGAGGAGGCAAGAUCAAGAAGAGAAGAUAGAGAUAUAUUUCAGAGGAAGUGUUUGAGCUGAAGACCGAAGUGAUGUUGGCCCCUGAACAGGAGCUGCUGAGCUCUUCUAAACCCAUCAAAUACGGAGAGCUCAUCGUCCUCGGCUACAAUGGCUCCCUACCGAACGGAGACCGGGGCAGAAGAAGGAGUCGUUUCGCUCUGUUUAAGACACCCAAAGCCAAUGGAGUCAAACCCAGCACCGUCCACAGCACAUGCAGUCCACAGACCGCCAAGGCCAUCAGCAACAAAAACCAGCACAGCGUGUCGUAUACGCUGUCCAGGGCGCAGACGGUAGUCGUAGAGUAUGCACACGACAGCACCACUGACAUGUUUCAGAUCGGCCGGUCCACUGAAAGCCCCAUUGAUUUCGUGGUGAUGGACACGCUGCCUGGUUGUCACGGCAAAAGCGACACGCUGUCGUCUCAGAGCACUAUAUCGCGAUUCGCGUGUCGGAUCGUGUGUCAGCGAGCGCCGCCCUACACCGCGCGCAUCUACGCCGCCGGCUUCGACUCGUCCAAAAGCAUCUUCCUGGGGGAGAAAGCGGCGAAAUGGUGGUGCGCUGACAGCCAGAUGGACGGCCUGACCACCAAUGGCAUAUUAGUGAUGCGACCGCGGCACGGCUUCACCUGCGAGUCCAAACCGGGCGCCUGGAGAGAGAUCUCAGUCUGCGGCAACGUCUUCAUGCUCCGAGAGACCCGGUCCGCUCAGAAACCCGGCAAACUGGUUGAGAAUGAGUCUCACGAGCUGGUGGACGGCACUUUAAUCGAUCUGUGCGGCGCGACUCUGCUGUGGCGUUCGGCGGAAGGUCUGUCCUGCACGCCGUCCCCCAAACACCUGGAGGUGCUGCGGCGGGAGCUGAACGCGGCGCGGCCGCAGUGUCCCGUGGGCCUCCACACCCUGGCCUUCCCCAGCCUGGACCGCUCCUUCACCGGCUCGACCCACGACGAGCAGCCCUGGGCCUACCUGCACUGCGGACACGUGCACGGAUACCACGCCUGGAGGGGCCGCCGCCGCCUCGCCAAAGAGGGCUCCACCGAGGAAGACGAGGACGAGUCCGAGAGCAAAGAGGAGCUGGAGCAGGAGCCGCUGCGGGAGGGGGAGCGCGAGUGUCCGCUGUGCCGCACACGCAGCCUGUACGUGCCGCUGAAGCUGGGCCGCGAGUCGGGCUUUUAUCUGGACAGCGCGCCUCCGACGCACGCUUUUAACCCCUGCGGACACGUGUGUUCAGAGCGGACGGCCGCCUUCUGGAGCAAACUGGUGCUGCCUCACGGCGCUCGCGGCUUCUUCCCCGCCUGCCCGUUCUGCAUGCGGCCGCUCGCCCGCGACAGCAAGUGCGUGAGACUGAUCUUUCAGGGGCUGCUGGACUGAGUGUGUGUCUGACUGUGUGU